UGAUUAAUUACAUUAACGUGUCUUGUUCACUAAAAUGUCUUGAGAUCUAUCCAUCACUCUCCAGAGGUUAAUUCACACUCUGUCGGCCAAGCAAGAAGCUCAUCUCGAUCUGGAUUUUGUAAAGCAAAAAAAAACGACUUGUAAAGGUAAAGCUUAUCGGUAGAAAUGGCGGUGGCCUUCCGUGGAGGCCGUAACGGCGUCGGAUCGGGACUUCGGAGCUUCUUCUCGUACCGGAUCUUCAUCUCCGCCUUGUUCUCUUUUCUCUUCCUCGCCACCUUCUCCGUCGUCCUCAACUCCUCUCGUCAUCAACCUCAUCUUGAUCACGCAUUGCCGAACGCAUAUGUGCAGAGGACGUCGUCGUUUUUGGCUUUACAAUCGGAUCCAUUGAAAACUAGGUUGGAUCUGAUACACAAGCAAGCGACUGAUCAUCUCACGCUUGUGAAUGCUUAUGCUGCUUACGCUAGGAAGCUCAAGCUCGACGCAUCCAAGCAGCUAAACCUGUUCGAAGAUCUGGCGAUUAACUUCUCCGAUCUGCAGGCCAAACCUGGUAUGAAGCUUGAUAACGGGAAUGCUAUUGAGGAGGAUGCGUUUAGGCAGCUCGAGAAAGAAGUUAAAGAUAAGGUGAAGACGGCGAGGAUGAUGAUCGUCGAGUCUAAAGAGAGUUACGACACGCAGCUCAAAAUCCAGAAGCUCAAGGAUACGAUCUUCGCUGUUCAAGAACAGUUGGCGAAGGCGAAGAAGAACGGCGCUGUUGCGAGCUUGAUCUCGGCUAAGUCGGUUCCCAAGAGUCUUAACUGUUUGGCUAUGAGGCUUGUUGGGGAGAGGAUCAAUAACCCUGACAAGUAUAAGGACGCUCCGUUUGAUUCGGCUGUUGAGGAUCCGAGUCUUUAUCACUACGCGAUUUUCUCUGACAAUGUGAUUGCUGUGUCGGUUGUGGUGAGAUCCGUUGUGGUGAACGCUGAGGAGCCGUGGAAGCAUGUUUUUCACGUGGUGACUGAUCGGAUGAAUCUUGCGGCGAUGAAGGUUUGGUUUAAGAUGCGUCCUUUGGACCGUGGGGCUCGUGUUGAGAUCAAAUCCGUGGAGGAGUUCAAGUUCUUGAACGCUUCGUACGCACCGGUCUUGAGGCAGCUCGAGUCUGCUAAGUUGCAGAAGUUUUACUUUGAGAACAACCAGGCGGAGAACGCAACGAAAGAUGAACAUAACAUCAAGUUCAAGAACCCCAAGUAUCUCUCCAUGUUGAACCAUCUCAGGUUUUACUUACCGGAGAUGUACCCGAAGCUGAAUAAGAUCUUGUUCUUGGACGAUGAUGUUGUGGUGCAGAAGGACGUGACUGGAUUGUGGAAGAUCAAUUUAGAUGGAAAGGUGAAUGGAGCUGUGGAGACAUGCUUUGGCUCUUUUCAUCGGUAUGGUCAAUACCUAAACUUCACUCAUCCUCUGAUCAAAGACAACUUUAACCCCAAUGCUUGUGCUUGGGCCUUUGGGAUGAAUAUAUUUGAUCUCAAUGCUUGGCGACGUGAGAAAUGCACAGAUCAAUACCAUUACUGGCAGAACCUGAAUGAAGACAGAACUCUCUGGAAACUGGGAACUCUGCCUCCGGGACUGAUCACAUUCUACUCAAAGACGAAAUCACUGGACAAGUCAUGGCAUGUGCUUGGGUUAGGCUACAACCCGGGAGUGAGCAUGGAUGAGAUCAAAAAGGCAGCAGUGAUACACUACAAUGGGAACAUGAAACCAUGGCUAGACAUUGCUAUGAACCAAUACAAGUCUCUCUGGACUAAAUACGUCGAUAACGAAAUGGAGUUUGUGCAGAUGUGCAAUUUUGGUCUCUAAAGAAAGAUAUCGAUGAGAGGUAACCUCAGAAUCGAUAUGUCUUCACUCAUUUCAGGGCAUUCUUUAACUAUAUACGUUUAUCUUUUAUAUAUUAUAUAGGGUUACAAAGCGUUUUCCUUGUUCUCUCUGUCAUAGUUUUGUUCUUUAUUUAUAUUUUGUGUAACUCUUUCGCAAAACCAUUAUCCAAAACUACAAUGUCUCUCUUCCAUGUUUGUGCUUAUCUUUGUUUCAGGCUUGUGCUUA